CCGCGGAUCGCUGCGGCGUCACGCCGGCGUGUCAGCGGACCUUUCGGUCACAUCACGCGCACACGUCACAUGGCCAUGUCAUGCUGCCAGACGCACCGAGUCGCACCGUGACCGUCUUUGCAACCGUACUUACACAUGCAACAUCUGCCCAUGGCCCGGCCCAGGCGUUCCUUCUCAGAAACACUCGCCUGAAUCAGCUUCAAAAAUACUUGCCAAAUCCUCGAACUUCUCAUGGGCGUUUGUGCCAAGAGUGUUAUUUCAGCUCAUGAUACACACUCCCUCCCGCUUCGUCAAUCAUCCCACACCUCCCGGCAAAUAUAUGCCAGAGCGCGAUCUGAUGCCCCAUCGAUUGAGCUUCUAUCUCAGCCGUUCCGAUAAUUCUUUCAGCCACGGGUAUGGCGCAAUCUGAGGCAGGGAUGGUGGAUUGGGAAAGCUUCUAACCGCUCCUCCACCUCCACCUCCAUUCUCAUGUCGCCCUCACCAUCCCUCGCCAAAGACGGAUCCGUCGUGGCUAAGACAGAAGGCACAGUGCUAUCGGACACCGAGAACACGGACGAGUCCGCUCCGCACUACACCAAGGAUCUCGAAUACACGCGGGCGGAGGAGUCCGCUGUCGUGCGUGUCCUCGACAAGCGCCUAUUCCCCGUGAUCCUGCUCACGACGUUCGUGCUCAACAUGGACCGCACGAACAACUCGAACGCGAUCUCCGAUAACCUGCCGCAGGAUCUGGGAUUCACGAUCAACACGGUCAACACCGCUACAGCCCUGUACUCUGUCGCGUUCUCACUCGCCUCUUUCUCGGGUGCGGUCAUGGCUAAGGUUGUGGGCCCUUCUCGAUGGAUCCCCAUUCUCAUGUUCGCCUGGGGUUUGGUCACUCUUGCGCACGCGUUGAUCAAAGACGCGGGCGGAUACAUCACAGUCCGCAUUUUCAUAGGAAUCACCGAAGGAGGCGUCAUUCCCGCGAUGCUCAUCUACCUGGGCAGCUUCUACAAGGGUGCUGAGUUGACGACACGCCUGGCCUGGUUCUGGGGAAUCCAGUCUAUCGCAAGCGCUGUUAGCGGGCUUAUGGCCAGCGGUUUGCUGCAGCUGGAUGGGCGAAACGGGCUCCAGGGCUGGAAGUGGCUGUUCAUAGUUGACGGGAUCAUCACACUGAUCGUCUCGGUCUUCAUUUGGUUCUACCUUCCCCGGAACGUAGCUUCGACUAAGGGCGGGCUGCGGGGCUUGAAAGCCUGGCUGACAGCACGCCAGACACAGAUCGCGGUGACCCGUGUCAUCCGGGACGACAUCUCGAAGCGGACAUACGAGAAACGUGUGACACGAGCCGAUUUCAAGGCUGCUGCGGCUGAUCUUGGCCUUUGGAUCCACCUGCUUAUCACUGCAGUUGCACUCACGCCCACGAGUCCUCUCCAGACAUACCUACCCACGGUGAUCAAGACCUUCCAUUUCAACGUCUUUGUUUCGAAUGCCCUCACUGCCCCGCCCUACGUCUUGCAGUGCAUCUUCAGCAUCACUCUCAUCCGUCACUCGGAGACUGUCGGGGAGCGAGGAUGGCAUGGUGCUUUCGGAUCUGCAUGGCAGCUGGUGGGAUGGAUCAUUUUGCGUGCGAUGCCAGAUGGGGCGUCGCGGGGCGUCAAGUACUUCGCUGCUGUGAUCCUCGCAUCAUGGCCAUACAACCACCCGCUGAAUAUCGGCUGGAUGUCCGAGAACACGGCGAGCAUUGGCAAACGCACUGUUGCGUCCGGGGCGGUGAUCUUUGCGGGCAACAUCUACGGGGUUUGGGCGUCGCAGAUCUAUCAGGCGAAGGACGCACCGUCAUUCAAGACAGGCAACUCCAUCAACAUCGCCUUUGCGGCAUUUGCCACUUUCCUCUGGAUCGCGCAGAAGUACCACUACCGGUACCUCAAUCGCAGACACGAAGAGGAGUACGCUGCAUUGAGUCCCGAGCAGAAGGAAGAGGAGGACAGGCUCGCUCUCGCAAAGGGCAAUACGAGUCUGACGUACAGGUACACGACAUAAGGUUUGUAGCACAUCGCAGAAAGAGUGUACGAUUGCAGAGGCAGAGGACAUGCACGUGAUCUCCAGCGUGCCAGGGUACUCUGAAGCCCCAGAGGGUUCCAGUCUUGCCAUUUUGGUGAUAUCCUUCUCUGCAUGGACUUCAUCCCUCUUUCUGCAGCCGAAAUUCAUCGAGAGAGGGAUAGUAAUACCUCUUGCCAGUGUUUUUUUUUUGUGGGGAGCGGAGAGUUGGCACGUGACCACGCUUUCACAGACGUAGGGACUUCACCGCUGAGUCUUACAGCUUGCAGUCGAUGCGAUUCUCGAUGGGUUUGGGGCAUCCACUUCUGUGUUUCUUGCGGAUCCUCUUUGCUUCUUUGAGGAACAUACUCAGGCAUCAUCGUUCUUGCCCACCGCUCUGGUACUCAAAUCAGAACACGGUCUAUUGGGGUUUCUGCACGAGACAUGCCAGAGCUACUCGUGCUCGACAUCCCACUGCGAAUUCGUCGACACCUAAGAAUCGAUGAGCCAACCGCAGUUCUUGCGCGCGGCGACGGCGAGCCCCCUCGCGCUCGUCGGCGUGCAAGUCUCCCGCGCAGCCAUAUCGGCGGGCGUGGCUGGCAGCGCAGUGGCGAUGCUCGUGCAUAGCGACAGGAUACUGAGACAGAGCGCGAUGAGUAGGGAGUCGGUUUUCAUCUCGGGUGUGUGCGCAGGAUGGCAUGUCGGAGGGCUUUUAUGGGUGGGAUGAGGAGCCCGAUUCGGAUGAUACUGGCUGAGGGAUGACAGCGGAUGGAGGAGGUUCUUAUCAGCCCCGGUACCCACCUCGCCUAUGCGCUCGUAGCUUUCUCGAACUCACUCACUGGCCCCGAAACAGCCCGAUUAUGGCUCUGGCCGGGAGAGCUAAGGCACUCGUUCGGCAAGGGGAGGACGGAUGGCAGCGGUUGAGAGGGAAUGCAUAGGGCACAUUUUGAGAGAGUCAAACAUGGUCAUGCUCGAUCCGCUAGCCUGCUCGGUGCGAGUGCGAGCAGGCUGCGGAGAUCUCCAAGUGUGCCUAAGACGACUUGUACACAUCGCGCGAACACAGACCUAUCAAGGUUAAGUAUGGCAAGGAAAAGCAAUUCAAGUGCGGUUAGCCAAUACGGAUGACUCGACCGGCAAAAUGCUCAAGGGCUGGAGAUCUGCUUACUCAGCGUAUAUGCAGGCCAUCAGAAAUGCACUCACUGUACUUUCUGAGUGCUCCGCACUUCGACGCUCCUUCUUCCCCGUCACCGCAAUGCAAGGUCGCAGCCUCUCAUUCAUCUCACACGCCUGGCCGACUGGCCCGACCACCCCGACUGCAACCACGUUUGAGCUAUCGACACCGCACAAUCUCGGCAUUUGCUGAUGAAACGGGCGCCGCGAUGUGGUGAAGGAAGGCCUUGGAACCUACGAUACGGAUCCCCCAGCGAGCUUCUCUCCGGCCCCAGCACAUGGGCCUCACCCGGUUUAAAAAUAGCGUGCGCCAGGGAGCGUAUGUCUGGGUGUUUCUAUCUGCAGGCUCGCAGCUGCUCGACAUCUGCCGGAUACGGGAGCGAUACGGGUGUGGCUGACGGAGGGCUGGCCACCAGAUGCCGGCCCACAUGCGACCUCCUAUCUCUGCUGGGGCCGUGUCGAGUACAAAAGGAGGAUCGCCGCGGUUCUGGGGGUGCAACUGGCACGCGGAUAUGCAUAUGCACUCCUCGAUCAGCUUGGCAAUCCUUGGCCUCAGCGCGGCUGCCCCGGCUUUCAGCUGGGGCGUCGUUGGUCACGCUACGAUUGCGUACAUCGCCCAAGACUUUGUCAAGAGCAGCACCGCGAAAUGGGCUCAGGGCAUUCUCGGCGACACGUCCAGCUCGUACCUGGCCAACAUCGCCUCGUGGGCGGACGACUACCGUGCCACGACUGCGGGGAAGUUCUCUGCCCCGUACCACUUCAUCGAUGCGCAGGACAGCCCGCCGAAGACCUGCGACGUGAGCUACACGCGCGACUGCACCACCGGCGGCUGCUCCAUCUCUGCGAUCUCUAACUACACCUCCCGCGUGCAAGAUGGGCGGUUGAGCGCGACCAACGUGAACCAGGCGCUCAUGUUUCUGGUCCACUUCCUCGGGGACAUCACCCAGCCCCUGCACGACGAGGCGCUCGACGUCGGCGGAAACACGAUCAAAGUCACAUUCAACGGUUUCACGGACGACAACCUUCAUGCUGACUGGGACACAUACAUCCCGGAGAAGUACAUCGGCGGCUCGACGAUCUCGUACUCGCGCACGUGGGCGACGACGCUCACGGCGUCCAUCAAGAGCGGGGCCUACGCUUCGCAGGCUGCCAGCUGGAUCAAGGGCGACAGCAUCGACGAUGCCGUGGCUUCUGCGACUGCGUGGGCCACCGACGCGAACAAGUUCGUCUGCUCCGUCGUCAUGCCCAACGGCGUCGCCGCGCUCCAGAAGGGCGAUCUCUACCCCACGUACUACAACUCGGUGCUGCCCACCAUCGAGCUGCAGUUCGCCAAGGGCGGCUACCGGCUCGCGAACUGGCUCGACCAGAUUGCGGACGCGCAGCUCGGCUUGACCCGCCGCAACGAUCUGUCUGAGCCCCGUGUGGCGUCCGAGAGCCAACAGCGCGAUCUGAUGCUCGAUCUCGCGAUGAUGAGCCCGCCCACCGCCAUCCGCGCCGCGUUCGGCAACGGAUGCGGAGGUCACGCUCACUAGAUCAAUAGUCUUGUCUUACUUUUUCUCCAUCCGCCAAGUCACAGAAGGAAAUUGUCGCUCAAAUGAAUAACGGUUGAUUUACGAGUCGUCGUGCUGAGUUGAAUCGGAGUGGGAAAAAGUUGAGCCUUGCUGAAACGAUGGAUGACGGGGAAACGAGGGCAGUUGGAUUUUGAGCGUCGAUGAGAUGGAAGUCGAUGUGAAGAUGGAUGCAAGUCAGUUAAUUUCGGUCCGGUAACUCGUUCUGAACCCUGAGCAGUCAACGCUGAGUCUCUCGAUUGUUGAUAUCGACUCGAGGCCUUGGAUUUGAAGCUCAUUCCUAUUACCCACUCAGUUCGUGAUGGCUCCAUUAAACCUUCCCUGACCUGUAAUACGUAGCUAGCCCGAGGGCCAAGAGCCC